ACAGAACUGAAGUUCUCCGAGUCAGACCUAAAGCAUGACUCGACUGGAACCGGCUCUCCAGCGCUCAGAAAGUCGCUCAGUGAUAGAAACGCAGAGCAGGAGAGGAAGCGUCAGCAUGAGCAGAAGAGAAAGUGUCAGCCAACACACAGAGACUAGAACAGAAACAGAACAAAGUGGUGGACGUGCCAUUUUUAAGAGAGCCAAUCGCUUCCUCUCACGAGACCGGGAACAAGAAGAUGGCAGUCCUCCGUCUCCCUUGCGUCACUACGAGAGAGGCCACCCUCUUCCGGCCAAUCACAGUCCAGAACGUAAAGCCGCCAUCCCUUUCCGAAACCGUGACCUGGGCCUCCCGUCCUAUAGGAGGCGCACUGACAAUUUCAGCGAUGAGGCAAUGAGCGGCCUCUCCCCCCAGCGACACAUGUCCUAUUCAAAUUUCAGACGUGGAGACAGCCAAUCCCGCGCAAGUCCUCGUUCCUGCAGCCCGAGAUCUACGAACGUCUCACCACAAAGGCGGGGGGAAUCGCGAAGUUCGUCCCGUCGCCAAGGUUCAACAACGCACGGCCAUCGCACAUCCUCACAGCAGGCUUCUGGGAAAUGCACUCCGUCACGAAGACGAGAUUCGAUAGUCACGCGCACCACGACCCCCUCGCGAAACUCAGGUACGAAUAAAUAUGCAGACUCCUUUAGCCCCGCCCACAAAAGAAGCCCCUCCCAGAGUUCUUACGGGCACAGCUUGGAUUCUGAAAAGCUGUAUAAGAAUCUCAAGUCAAUCGCGAGUUCGGCAGAGUCAGACGCCUCCGAAGAAAGGAACAGCUGGUCAAAAAGUUUACAUUGUGAUAUGGAAAUCGACGGCGAUUUUAACGAACGCAACCACAGCGGUCGCAGCAGUCGAAAGAGUGGUGGUGGUCGCAAUACUGGCUACAACAGCAGGGAUUUCUCUCCAACUGGAGGCAAUCGUGAAGUAACUCGAAGUCGAAAUGGUGGUGGUUAUAAUAGUCGCAACAGCAGAAAUAGUGGUUUUAACAGUGCUGGCACUUCAACACCUUAUCGAGAUUAUGAUGAACAUGGUACUUUAAAAAGCAAUUCAAAAAAUAAAAAUCGCAGGAAUGGCGUGUACACCUCAGAAAAACAGUCCAGAUCUGAUUCGCGUCAAUCACUAAGCCCCACCCACUCUCGUCGAAGCCCCACCCACUCACGUCCAAGCCCCACCCACUCUCCUCUAAGCUCCACCCACUCUCCUCUAAGCCCAACUUCACCAGCAUCAACACCAAAUAUCUCCCAAUCAAGGCGGAGUCGGAAUCCAGUUCCUACCCCUGAUUUGCCCAAAUCCCAAGCCUUAAUUGCAGAGACGGAAAAGCCGGUCACUGAUCGGAGCAGAAGCAACAUCAGGCGGGGCUUGGAGGCGCUAAUUCUCUCCGAAAACACCAGGUCUUCCAGCCAACCAGCAGUGCCAGAGAUGACCAUUGAGGACUAUGUGAUCAUAGCAGAUAUUCCCCGAUCGAAGCUGUACCCUGAGGAAGAAGAAGCAAUAGUAGUGAGGAGGAGACCGCAGAGCAGGAGCCCACGCAGAGACAACCAACACAGCUAUGGGGAUAGGAGAUAUGGUGAUGAUGAGCAUGAGGUUUCAGAAGAGCGAGGCAGAGGACGAGAAAGAGAAAGAGGAAGAGACCGCAGAGAGAAAGAGCGGAGACGUCCAGACAAAGAAAUAGGAGGGUCAUCAUCAAAGGCCAACAGCACUACAUCAGGCCAUUCACAGAGGUCCAGUAAAAAAGCAGAGAACAUAAGGAUGGUAAACGGAGGACACAAAGGUCCACAACAGCCUCCUCAGAUGCAGCUUGACCUUCUGAACUGUAAAAAGGGAUGGAUGUAUUUGCUGGAUGAAGAUGAAGAGUGGAGGAAGCACUGGUUUGUGAUCACUGAUUCAGAACUGAGAUACUAUAGAGACUCUGAAGCUGAAGAGAGAGAUGAGGCAGAUGGUGAGAUUUAUUUACGUCACUGUCUGCAAGUGGAGGAAUAUGAUGCCGACAAAAACUAUGGGCUUCAGCUGCAUAUGCGCGAUGGACUGGUGACGCUGUCAGCGAUGACCUCCAGGAUCAGGAGGAACUGGAUCGACACGCUGAGGAGGAGAAUCUCCUUCAGGGAUUCAGCUGAAAGCAUACAACACCCAGACAACAGUGACAUCAGCGACAGAGAGAACUCCAGUUCCCAGAAUGCACCAUCCCGAACCUCUCCCGCACCCCAUGACCCAGGGUCAGAUGUCGCCAGUCCAUGUCAAGAUCACAGCGACAUGACGUCCUCACCUUUGACCAAUCGAAGGGAGGCGGGCGAGGGCCGUGACCGAGAUCAAGAAAGACGUCUGGAGGACCGAACCAAGUGGUUCCAGGAGGGAAUAUCCGACAGGGAGGGCGAGGACCCCUGGGAAAAGGUGGAGUUGAAGAAAGGUGCCACUCCGGUGAUGCCGACUAAGCCUCAGGUUCCCAAAACUCAGACGGUGCCGGACAUCGAGAGAAAGUGGGCCGACUUUGAGCAGCUUCCAAUCGGAUUGAACAAGUCACCUGUUGGUUCCCAGAAUCCACAAGCGACAAAUGAGGUGCUUCAGCGAGAGGUGGUGUCUCUGAGGCAGCAGAUCGAGGCUCUUCGCGAGGUCCGUGUGCCGGCCGGUGUCGGGGGUCUCUGCGCUCCUGACGCGCCCUGCGCUCUGAGACUGGAGCAGAUGGAGAGAGAGCACAGAGAGAGAAUGACCGAGAUACACAACGAGCACGAGAGAGAACGCAGAGAGAUGGAGAGAGACAAACAGAGACUGCUGCAAGAGGAAGCCAAAAAUACUGUUCAAGCUAUGGAGGCUCUGAGGAAAUCUCACCAAGAGGAGAUUGAGAGACUGAAGGUUCAUGGAGGAGGAGAGCCAACAGACCCCUCGAUCAAACAACAGCUCCACGAGUCGCUCUCUCUGCAGCGGGAGCUGGGCGGCCUGUCCGAGCGUUAUUCCCAGCAGUGUGUGGAGCUCAGCCGCGUCCAGAACAGCACCGAGGAGCGAGACGGGGCGAUCCGACAGAAGGAGAGAGAGAUGCAGCAGCUCCGCCAGGAGAACCAGGAACUGCAGGCGCGUCUGACGGAGGAGAUAAGUCUCAUGCGAUCCUUCAUCACAGGUCAAAGGUCAGGAGUUGUUCCCCUCGGCAGCUACGAAAGGAGCACCUCCGAAUUAGAGAUGUUGCUGAAAGUGAAGGAAAGUGAGGUGGAUUAUCUUCACAAGGAGAUCAGCUGUCUCAGGAAAGAGGUCCAAACUCUAACUAAGGAGAAUGAAGCGCUGAGUGAGCGCUAUAAGGAGGUGUAUGUGGAGCUGAGUGAAUUAAGGGGCCGCAGUGAGAGAGACAUCAAUGCACUUAAAGAACACCUCAAACUCACUGAUGCUGCGCUGGAGGAGGGGCGUCUCCUCGGCAACAGCAGAACCGGCCAAUGAGAACACACCAGGAGAUCAUAAGAUGGAAACUUCAGUGUCACAUUGGGAUGCAUCGGAUUCGCUCACAUGUAUACAGGAUAUUGUGUUAUUAUGUGCAGGUCUUUUCUUGGUUAACUUAAAAAUCAUAUUCUUUAGAAAUGACAAUGGUGCUAAAAAUUAAUAAAUAUUCCAUAUUCUUAAAGCAAGAUGUAUUUUAAGUUAAACACAAUAAAAAGUGCCUCUGUUGGACU